AUGACUGUGCACGGCUGUCCCGGCCAUGACAGCCCGCCGCCGCCGCCGACACCUGAUGCGGGAUCCUCCUUGAGUGUUGGGCCGGAGUCUUCGCGAGUGAGCCUCGAGUCUCUUUGGAGGGAAGGCCGAGCCCAAUUCCUGGACCAGCUUGGCCCCCGUCAGCGGCAGCGUGAAGAGUCUCUCCACGACGAGACUACUUUGGAAGCCACAGUCACCUCCCUCUUGGAAGCCAAGGCCAAGGCAGAAAAGGCAUAUGGGACAAGGUUCAAGGGGGACGAGGCUGAAUGGAGACUCAGCCGCGCCAUACAUCACCUCGGGAUGAUCCUGCGCGUUGGCGACAGCGCGAUGAGUUUAGCUCCAGAAACCGCCUCCUAUGUUUGGGCAGCAUUCCGUCUACUCGCUUCGGUCAUCAGCUACGAUUUCCAGUUGUGUCACUCCGUGGUCAACGCCAUUGAGCAAAUGUCGUUCACUUUGUUUGUCUGCCAAAGCUACGCCAAGCGCCAACUCCGUCGAUUACCAGACCUCACGGGCGAGUCGCGCUUGAUGGCCCAGAGGGUUCUGGAAAGGAUUCCGCCACUGCUUGCUUUGACGAUGAGGUUCGCCUACGAAACCCGGAGACUGGUCAACAAGGGGCCACUGCGUCGCACUCUCUCCGUAUUCCUUGGCGGAGAUCAGGAGCUCAAGGACAUUGUCGAGGAAGCUGAGAGGAAGCGGGACGAGCUGAUCCAAGCGUCAGAUAUCACAUAUGACGAAGCAUAUGACCAAAUGCUGCAUGCCAUCAAUCAAAAAACCGAGGAGGUUGGCGAGACACUUGGCCACAUCCAACUGGCGCUCAACCGAAUGGACCAGGAGAACGGGGAGACGGCUGGAAACGUCCGAGCAAUCACCCUGGAACAACUGAGGGACAGGCAGCUGAGAGACUUGAACGCCAAGUUGGAAAGCCAUCUGAAGCUGCUUCAAAGCGAGGGAAUUGCCGACAUCCAUGAGCCAAAGAAGGUCCUCCGCGAAAGCCUAGAGCGCAGACAUCCUGGAACCUGCGAAUGGAUCGUUUCCGACCCGAGAUUUUCAGCAUGGUUCCAACCUGAAUGCGCCGGCUCCUCAAACGUGGACUCUCUGCUGUGGCUCUCAGGAGCGGCGGGUUUUGGCAAGUCCGUCCUCAUGUCCUACGUCAUGGAUUAUCUCGAGCGCCAGGCGCUGUCGACCCAAUCCAAGGACAAGCCGGUGGUCCUGCGCUUUUUUUGCAAGCUUGGGAACGACGCAUCUCAGAAGGACGCUAAGAUCCUUGCGAAUUUGAUUUCCCAGCUUUUGUUUCUCGUUGUUGAACUUGAUGAUGUCUCGGACUCGGCGAACGCGGAGGGGUGCUGUCAAACGAAGAAACGAUGUGUGGAUCUGAUCGAUGAGCCAAAGCCAGACGGAACCUCUCUCGGGAUAGGAACCAGCGUUUCUGCACGAGCCGCCUUGCUUUGCGACCUUGCACGAGCAUUCAACAGGCGGGUUUAUGUGCUGAUCGACGCGCUAGACGAAUGCGAGGAUAGAGGCGAAGCGCUCCUGGGGUGGCUAGUACAGGUUGCUGAAGCGGAUCUGGACGUCCGAGUGCUAGUGUCCAGUCGACCUGAGAGCGAUAUCCAGAGAGCCUUUGCAAAGCACAACCCGCCGGGAAUCGAGGUCGAGAAAGAGGUGACUGAAAGGGACGUGGAGGCAUACAUUGCAGGCACCUUGAGGACUUUCAGCCGGUUCGAUCAGUCCAAGCGCCAAAAAGCCUUUGCCCGCAUCGCGGAGCGAGCUGCUGGCAUGUUUCGAUACGCACACCUGGCCAUUGAGAGCUUGAGGUCACCGGCUGCACUCAGAAGGUCGUUCAAGGAACUCAUGGAUGGUCUACCAGAUGGGUUGGCGGUCCUUUACGAACGGGAACUAUGCGCUCUCGAACCAGACAAGCGCGAGAUACUAAUGGUCGCGUUGCGGUGGCUCGUCUGCGGGGAAGGGCCUAUCUCGUUGACGCUGGUCGCGGACGAACUGGAAGGCACUUAUCUUCACGAUCACCCCGACCCUGAAGCCGAAGACGACGAGACGGAGGGUGGCAACGAAGGGAUCGAGGCCGGCGAUUUGAGCAACAACCAUGACCGACCGGAGAUUCAACGAGUUGGAGACGAAGAGCGGGACAGCAUUGAGCACUUGCGGUCCGCCGGCCGUAACUUCCUCAAGAUCGACGAUCAAGGCAUCAUGACAUUGCAGCACACUUCGGUUCGAGACUACGUCAUCUCAAGGUCGGAAAACCCAACUGGCGACCAGCAGGACGCGCUAUGUGCAAGAUGUCAGCAGCGCCUCCGGCCGCUUUCCACGGCUGAGGCUGGUCCCAAGCAAGGGCACCUCAUCAUGACGCUCAGAUGCUUGGAGAUGCUCAACUGUCCUGCUUUCCAAAAGGAGUUCCUGUCGCCUUGCCUUACGGGGAAGGCCAAACAUGACAUCUCCUCAAAGUCCCAGUUUAACCCUGGAUCUGAUGCACGAGACGCUAUGCCAGCUUGGGAAGAUGUUUUUCCUCGCGAAUGGUGGGAAGGUGGCUGGGACGAACUCUGGUCAGAUGAACUUUUCGGCAGUUCAGAGAAACGAUCAGGGGAACAUCUCUGGUUUUGCCGAGAACGGAUUGCUUUCUCUCGGGAGAGGGCCGUUGGCGCCAUUCGCUAUGAAAUCAGCCAUUGGGAUUACCAUGUCCGGGCCGCUGAAAGUUUGUGGGAGGAGCACGAGCGCGGAAGUCGAGAGUGGCUGAGGCUCUACCAACUCAUUGAGGAAUUCCUGAACGACAGCAACCUGCUCCAAACCUUGAAAGAGAAGAUUUACUGUCGCCCAUUGUUCAACCCCGCCAAUACGGCCAUCCACAUCGCGUCCCAGUUAGGGAUCACUCACUACAUCCGCCACUACAUCCGAAGCGGUGGCGCUAUCGACAUUGAGAACACGGACGGUGAGACACCGCUACACCUUGCAUGUAUCGACCAGCGAGGCCAUGUGGCGGUGCGUCUCCUGGUCGAACACGGCGCUGACGUCAACAAACUUUGCGAUGUGGACGGGCUCGGCGACACGCCUCUAUCUCACCUAGUGCGGGCACGCGCACCACUGGCAUUGAUCCAACACCUUCUCAACCAUGGUGCGAGUGUCGCAGCGAGUAUUUCGCACCCCGGCUCCGUUCUCAAGGCUGCGAUUCAGGGGGGCAUGUUUGAAACGGUGAAGACAGUCCUCGAUCGGGGCGGGAGAGAGCUGCUCAGUCCUGGAUGUGCGGAUGAAGAUGCACUGAGCUUUGCUCUCGGAAACCCUGCAGCAUCCGAGGACAUCAUUCGGCUUCUCUUAGCCGACGUGACCGACGUCAAUCUUCGCCCUGAAGCAGAAUGGUGGGAACCGCCAUUAAUCCUAGCCGCGAGAUAUCGAAGCACGGCGAUUGCCAAACUGCUGCUUGAGGCAGGAGCCGAGCUUGAGGCCAAAAGUCCUGUAACUGGUCGAACUGCGCUGCACGAAGCGAUCUCAGGGCAGAAAACUGACUUGGUCAUCUUUCUGCUUAAGCACGGGGCUAGCGUGGUUUCCAAGGACAUGCACUCUGAAAAUGCGAUCUGGCAUGCUCUGAACCAGCCGUCGGACGACACGACGCUACUUCGGAUAAUCCUCCGCAGCAUCGAGGGCAAUCAAACUGCCAAGUCUUCCUUGAUUCAACGCAGCGAGUCUGGCGGGCGUACGCCACUGCAUGAGUGCGCCGAAUGUGGCUGGGUCGAACGGGCUGAACUUCUCUUAGAUGCUGGCGGCAGCCAGUUCAUGGUAUCGCAGGUGGAUGGGAGGGGGAACACUCCCCUUCAUGCGGCAGCCGCUAACGGACAAUUCGGUGUUGUUCGCGUGCUUCUUGAGCACGGAGCUGACAUGCUAGCCACAAAUGAUGAUGGCCGCACCGCUCCCGACCUGGCUGGAUUGAGUUGGCUGGCAGGGGAGGACACCACAGGAAUCUACGGGUUGACCGUGGACGUUUUCCUGCGACAAGACAUGCCAGUGCCAAGCGCUCUGAGGCCGGUGCUCCUAACCUUGGCCGCCGAGGACGGCUCAGCCGAGGUCUGCCGUCGAAUUGUCCAACUCGACCGUCACCUCGCGCAGGUGCCGGACGGGCAUGGCUGGACCCCCUGGAUGGUGGCUGCGCAUGCCCGCCAACUCGCAGUCCUUCGCAUCUUGCAGGACCUGGACGCCAUGUCGGACGACUCAAGCGACCCGGAGCCGACCAGCGAUGCCCAACAUGGAUAUCCUCCUUCAGCAUGGAUCUCGAUCGCAGAGGCAUUCGAAUCGCGCGACAAGCUCGAGCUCCGCAAGACGAACCCAGAUCGACAGACAGUAGGACCGGUAUUCGCAGACCAUCCAGCCCCCUUCGACGUGUCCCGGUAUUACUGGGAACUCGACGUUGUGGAGGUGAUGGAGGCUAGCAUUGCACUAGGCUUGUCCCUUGAGCACAACCGGUACGAUAUCCUGUCUGAAACGUGGCACUACCGUAAUAUUCGCGGGAUAUGGUUAUACCGCAGCCAUGAUGGCAAAGUGACCAGGGCAGGCGAUUCUCCUUCCGGAAGAAAACCACCGACCUUGACUGGGCCGAAGUACGGGCAAGGGGACAAGGUUGGAUGCGGCAUCGACUUCGCCAAAGGAGUCAUUUUCUUUACCAAGAAUGGGGUACUCCUCGGCGACGUCGCUGAGAUCCCUGACCGCCGGCUGUUUCCGGUCGUUGUGGUAAGCGGGCGGACGGUGUGGCUCAAGGCGAACUUCGGGACAGACCCGGACAAGCCGUUCAAGUACGACCCGGAGCUUUACGGGGCGGAGACCGAGGAACCGACGGGGUUCAGGCAAACGACGUGA